UGAGAAAGAAGAAAAAGUAAAAUAUACUAAAAAUAAGCAAGAAAACAGACUUGAAAUAAAUACUGUAUAUAGUAUAUAGUAUUUGAACUAUUAUCAUUGAAAAUUGAAGUGACAAAACCUGAUGGCAACAACAGCAACAACAAAAGCCGCAGCAGCAGCAACAGUCGCAGCAGCAACCACACUUGCGCCGCCAACUGUUGCCAGCAACAGCAGCAGCAACCACAACAACAUCAACAACAACAUCAACAACUCAGCAGUAAUUAGUGCACCCAUCAAAAUACCGUUAAGUGAACGCUUCUCGACACAAACCUCAACGGGCUCUGCGGACAGCGGCGUCAUCGUGACGAGUGCCUCACAGAAGCAACUUGCCGCACAACAGCAAUCGACGCUGUUGCAACUGCAACAGUUGCCGCCGGUGCGCAGCAGCAGCGGAUCGCUGAGUUUGCAUGGCCCGUUGCCGAAAUGGCAGCGCCAACAGCAACAGCAGCGCCAGCAACAACAGCAGCAGCAACAACAACAGUUGCUGCUGCUCAGCCAGGACAGCGGCAUUGAGCAGAGGGGCAAUGAAGGCGCCUCCUCGGUUGGCGCUGGCGGUGGACAAUCGAACAGCAGCAGCGAAUCGCUUGGAAGCAGCAGCGGCAACGAGGUUGUCGGCGGUGUUGCGACCAUCGGCAGCAGCAACAGCAGCCAUCAUCAUCGUCGGAGUCGAACGCGAGCGGCAUCCGCUUUGGAGCUGAGCAGCGUUGGGGUCUCGAAUGGCGUUGUUCCUUCGGGUGGCGUUGGCGCCUUGCGUCGCAUCAAAUACAAGAGCACGAACAGCACGCAAGGUUUCGAUGUCGAGGAUCGCAUCGAGGAGGUCGACAUUAUCGAUAAUCCCGACGAUGAUGAUGACGAAGAGGAUGAGGAGGAAGCCGAUGAUGGUGUGGCUGUCGAUGAGGUCGAUGAGGAGGACACACAGUCGGGCAUCAUCAUCAAUAUUGGUCCCGGCGGUCAUGGUGAUGAGUUAGACGGCUCCCAGAGGCAGCAACAACAGUUGCUCGCAUCCCUGGUAAAGGCCGAAGAAGAUCUCCCCCUGGAAUUGGCGCCACUCACAGUCGCUGCGGCCGCUGCGAAGCGCAAGGAUGUCCGCAAUCUGGGCACCGACGGUCACAUCUAUUUCCCCCUACUCAAGAUCAAUGAGGAUCCGCACAUUGAUGCGAAGCUGAUCAAUCGCAAGGAUGGACUGCAGGAUACAAUGUAUUAUCUGGACGAGUUUGGGAGUCCCAAGUUGCGGGAGAAGUUUGCGCGAAAGCAGAAGCAGCGACAGGCCAAGCAGCAGAAGGCGUUGCUAAAGCGGGAGCGUGAGGAGCAGCGCAAGAAGCGCAACACAACGGUGGCAUCCAAUUUGGCUGCCAGCGGCAUUGAUACCAAAGAGCAGCAGCAGCCUCAUCCGCAGCAACAAGUGCCACAGAAGCAGCAACAAGCUUCUGCAGUUAACAACAACAACAUCAACUGUGAUAGAAAUCAUCAUGAUCAUGAUGAUGAUCCCGAUGCGGACGUGGUGAAGAUGCGAGUGCGCAGCCAUAGCCAUGACAAUCAUUAUGAUGCCACCAUCAAUAGCAACAGCAGCAGCACUUUUAAAUCCGCCCGCCGUCACUCCGAUGAUCGCAAUAGCAAUCGCAAUCGAGAUCAUCCGCACGAUUGUGCUGCCGCUGAAGAUGUUGAUGACAUCGAUCUCGAUGCCGCGACAGCGGCUGACGAUGAUGUCGAUGAGACGGGAGCUGAGGCCGGUCUUGAUGCUGGCCUCGAGAGGGUUAAGACUGCGAAAUUGGCGAGAACACAAUCCUGCGUUAGUUGGACCAAAGUGGUGCAAAAGUUUAAGCACAUAUUAGGCAUGAAACAAUUGAUCGGCAAAUUGAAUGAUUUGUGGCCCGAACAUAGCGUCGCAUUGUCCAUUCCAAAGGAGGUCGAUAGGAGCAAGGAGAAGCUAGAGGGCGCCUGGGAGACAACAGGUCGUGAUGGUUCCAAAAUUACAACAGUCGUUGCAACGCCCGGCCAAGGCACCGAUCGGGUUCAAGAAGUUUCCUAUACAGAUACAAAAGUCAUCGGCAAUGGCAGCUUUGGUGUCGUCUUUCAGGCGAAACUCUGCGAUACCGGCGAACUGGUUGCAAUCAAAAAAGUUUUACAAGACAGACGAUUUAAGAAUCGUGAAUUGCAAAUAAUGCGCAGAUUGGAGCAUUGUAAUAUUGUGAAACUUUUAUACUUUUUCUAUUCGAGUGGAGAAAAGCGUGAUGAAGUAUUUUUGAAUUUAGUCCUCGAAUAUAUACCAGAAACUGUAUACAAAGUGGCACGUCAAUAUGCCAAAACCAAGCAAACGAUACCAAUCAACUUUAUACGGCUCUACAUGUAUCAAUUGUUCAGAAGCUUGGCCUACAUCCAUUCGCUGGGCAUUUGCCAUCGUGAUAUCAAGCCGCAGAAUCUGCUGCUCGACCCCGAGACGGCGGUGCUGAAGUUGUGCGACUUUGGUAGUGCCAAGCAGUUGUUGCACGGCGAGCCGAAUGUCUCGUAUAUCUGCUCCCGAUAUUAUCGGGCACCCGAGCUCAUAUUUGGCGCCAUCAACUAUACAACUAAAAUCGAUGUAUGGAGCGCCGGUUGUGUGCUUGCCGAACUGCUGCUGGGACAGCCGAUCUUUCCGGGUGAUUCGGGUGUCGAUCAGCUGGUCGAGGUUAUCAAAGUUUUGGGCACACCGACAAGAGAACAAAUACGCGAAAUGAAUCCAAACUAUACGGAAUUCAAAUUUCCACAGAUUAAGAGUCAUCCAUGGCAGAAAGUUUUCCGUAUACGCACUCCGACAGAAGCUAUCAACUUGGUGUCCCAGCUGCUAGAGUACACGCCCAGCGCCCGUAUAACACCGCUCAAGGCCUGUGCACAUCCGUUCUUCGAUGAGCUGCGCAUGGAGGGCAAUCACACCUUGCCCAAUGGCCGCGAGAUGCCGCCACUCUUCAACUUCACAGAGCAUGAACUCUCGAUACAGCCUAGCUUAGUGCCACAGUUGUUGCCAAAGCAUCUGCAGAAUGCCGCAGUGCGUGCCUCAGCUGGCGGCAGCGGCAGCGGCGCAGCAGCUCCAGCCUCGGCGGCCAGCGGCUCCACCAGCGUCUCCUCCACGGGCAGCGGCGCGUCAGCGGAUGGCGCUCAAUCACAGCAGACUCCAGCGGCAGCAGCAGCAGCAGCAGCAGGCGGAGCAACAGCAGCAGCAGCAACAUCGGCAACAUCAGCAGCAGCAGCAGCAGCUGGUGGUGGUGGUGGACAAGGCAACAACAGCAGCAGCAGCAACAGCGGCGGCGGCGGCGGCGGCAAUGCAACCAACGCUGCGCCAAAUUCAGCCACCGCAGCUGCAACGGCUGCGCCGCAAUCGAAUGCGGCCGCAAGCGGCGCUGGCGGUGGCGGCGGCGGUGGUGCUGCGGCAGCUGCCACUGCAGCCGGCGGUGCGAUUGCCACAAGCAAUGCUGGUGGCGCCAACAUAACAGGCUCGCAGUCGAACAGCGCCUUGAAUAGCAGUGCCGGCGCCAGUGGUAAUGGGGAUGGUGGUGACGCCAGUGCUGCAGGUGGUGACGGUGAUGUCGGUGGUGGUGGUGGCGGCAACGGGAACGGCGGCGGUGACAACGGCGCAGCAGCAGAGGCCGAUCAGGCGGCAGCGUCGGCCAGUGCAUCGGGUUAGCGCAAUAAUGGCGGUGUUCUGUUAAAGUAAAUGUUGUUUACAGCGUACUGUUAUUAACAUUUUUUCGCUCGCCCGGCUGCUGUUAAAUUUACUUAAGCCCCGCUUUGUGUUCUUAUUUUUGUUUGUUUGCAUAAAAGUAAGAACACAAAGCGAGGCCUUAGUAAAUUUAACAGCAGCCAAUUUUCAACAUGCACACGCAAACUCACAUACAUACAUACAUACUCCUGCAAAGUUAACAGCAGUGAAACUUGAAUUGUGCAAAAUACAUAAAGCAAGUGAUUGCAUUCGCACAUGAUUAACCGAAGUGCUUUUUUUCUUGCCCUUCACACAGAAGAAGAAGAAAACAACGCCGCCGCCGCAGUGCGAAAGUGUGAGCAAAGUGUGUGACAACAUGUAUGAAUGUGUGUGCGUGUGUGUGUGCGUGUUGUACACUGGACGCAAGGCAAAUAUUUAGCGUAAUAUUUAACAAAUUAACAAAACGGAAACAACAAAAUGAGAAUUCUGAAGAAAAAACACAAAGCAAAGCAAAUGCCUAAAUUAUGCAUUAAAAGGAAAUAUUUAUUAUUAAUACAAAUACAAAACAGAUAAAAACAAAAACUACAUAUAUGUAUAUACAUACAUACAUAUACAUAUAUACGUAUGCAUAUAUAAUGACAGAUAACACACAAUCUCUCACACACACAUACACACAAUUGAGAAAAUGUUAAAAGAAUAUUAAACUAAAUUAAAUUAAAUUAAAUAACAGCAACUAAAUACAUUAUAGUAAAAAAAAAAACAAAAUCAACAACAAUUUGCGAAAAAUACAAAAAACAAAAGCAAAACGUAAUAAAUGAUAAGCAAAUCGAGAAAGAAAAUUUAGUGAAAUAAAUCAAAAUUUUUUGUCCCAUUUAAAGUAAAGUACGUAUACAACAUUAAUAUAGUUAACCGCGACAACAGCAGCAGCAACAACAACAACAACAACUCUAAUGUGAUGUUGUUGUGGUCAAGGAAAAGCAGAAUACAAAAAAUUCAAUCGUUUCUACAAUGUAUGCAAAAAUGUUAAAAGUAAAACGUAAAACAAAAAAAGCAAAAAAAAAAACUUAUACGUAUAGUAAAAACGUAAUCACAAAAAAUACAAGUUUUCCCCCAUACGCAACAACUAUAUACAUACAACAUACAUACAUACAUAUAGGCAUAUACUCUCCAUACCGAUUUCGUACUUGCUACAACAAGAACAUUAACAGACAGUCGGGUAGACAGAGACAGCGACAGAGACAGACGGAAUUCUUUUUCUCUCCCAUCACUUCCGCAAUUGCCCCGCAAAGUAUGCUUUGGAUUGCGGCAAAUGUGAAACAUGCGAAGGAAGUAAAUGUAAAACUGUUUCUCUACCAUAUUAUGAAAUCUCUCGCUCCCCCAUCACCCUGUCAUCCUAUGCACUAAGUAUUUAGUGCCAUUCUACAGUCCAAAUCUAGCAUAUAUAUAUAAAUAUAUAUAUAUUAUUAGUACGAUUAUAAAACGACAAAUCCAAUAAGAGAAUACGGAAAAUAAAUUACUCAGCGCUGUUCCGAAUUUCAGCAAAUUCGCCGGCGAGCGAAUGUGAAACUCGGAAUGGGGCUGAUUAGGAAACGCUUUUAGCGCGCGACGCCACCCAUUAAAAUAAAUAAUAAAUUUAAAUUUACAACAAAUACAAAGAAAUUACAAAAAAGAAAAAAAACAAACAAAAAACUUAAAAAACAACAAAACCAAAAAAUCUAAAAAACAACAAAAACAAAGAAAUCUAAAAAUAAAGAAAAAAGAAAAGAAAAUAAAAUAUGCGAAGAAGAAGAGGCAAGUUGAUUGAGGAGAACUCUCGAAAUAGUAACCAUGAUUAUAAUGCAUUAAUUGUAAAGUAAUCGUAAACGUUUAGCUGCAAUUGAAAAUUUAAAUUAAUUUUAAAAUUUAUAAAAAGCGUAAAAAUAAUGAAAAACACAAACAAACAAACAAACACACAUGGCACGAGGCAUAUUCCAUAUAUACACACACACAGAGACACGUACAUAUUUAAAUAGAUGUAUUCCAGAUGGUAAGCUCGCGGCUUUCGUUGCCGCCUCGGACCAUUACACAACACUGUUUUUUUUUGUUGCCUGCCACAAGAAGAAGAGAUCAAAGCAAUUGCAUCAUCUAUUUAUAUCUAUGUAGCGUGUAAUAUCUCAGAGCCUGCCUAUAGAAGAUUCCCCCAAAUCAAGAAAAAAUUAAUAAAAAUGCUACCUUGUUUCUCAUACCGAUCCCCGCCCUCGCCCCCGCCCCACUGCGAUCUUUUAGCAAAUGUUUCCAAUUCGCUUAAGCAAAGAAAACAGAAAAACAGACAAAAACAAAAAAAAAGAAACUGUAAUAAACUAACUGUAUUUGUAUAUGUAUAUGUAUUCCUAGAUUCCAUUAUGUCUUAUAUUGUAUUUCCUAUACAUUUUUUUUUUCUAAACUUAGAGAACCAAAAGAACGAUUAAGAAGUUCAAGUUGAAGAAGUUAAGCAAAAAAAUAAAAAAAAGAUACUUAUUGAAGGUUUUGUAGUAAUAUCCAAGCAAAGAUAUUUAUUAUAAUUUCAGAAUAAACAAAGUAAAGAAAUGCAAAACUAAAAAAAGAAAAAAAAAUACAAAUCUAAAUAAAAAUAACAAAAAGCUCCACAACAUUUUAGAGUAUAAUGUAUGAGACAACUACAACAACAAAUUAUAUAUAAAAAUAAUCUACUCACACACACACACAUACACACCUACACCCAAACACACACACACAUUCACAGUAAAAAUUCACUUUAAUUUGUAAUUAUAAAUUCGAAAAAAGAAUUCCGCAAAUAAGCCCUUCCCUAAAGAACAAAAAUUAUUAAGAAAAGAGGCAGUCGAAAAAAAUUAUAAAAAAAACUAUGAAAAUAUAUAUAUAUGAAAUACAAAAAAAAAAAAAAAAAAAAAAAAUUAAAACAA